GGGGGCAAAUUUAUGUUAUGACACUAAGAACUCCAAUUUUUAAGGAUAGUCACAUGAAAAGAACAAAACAAUGAAACAAGUGAUAGAUAUUUGGCCUUGAUCACUAUGGAUUCGAAACUAUGGAUCAUCGGAUCUUUCUAGCUCCGACGGUGUAAUUGACCAAUCAUUUUACGAGGUUGUUUACGUCUUGUUUUUCCGCUAGGUUGUGUAUGCUGUACGAUUCUGUCUGGAUUAUGGUGACCUUUUUCUUGAAUAACUUUGCCAAUUUAACAUUUGAGCCAAAAAAAGUGUUACAAAUGGAUAUUAAUCAUUUCAGUUAUUGUUGAAAUGAAUGAAUUAGACAAACAGAGGAAUCGACAUGGGUAUUUUCUUGGUUCUACUGCGCACAAAGUCUACUGACAGUCUCGCCGAAGUUCAAGGCCUUACUCGGUAUUUCUGUACGUACUGAAUCAACGAUUCAGGGGAUCCGGAUAUAUUUAUAAACUGAUAGGAUUAUCUUUGUGUAAUAAUGUCUUGAUUACAAUCUUUUACAUUGGAAUAACCAUGAUGUGAAGUCAAACGAUCUCCAGUUUUACUGGAACAACAUGUCCUAGGCCUGCUGUUAUUUGGAAUAUGGCCGAUUGUGUGUUGAGUUCAUUGAUAAACAAUCCACUUGGAAUGUAUCGUGAUCAGCAGUGUGACGUUCCAUAGUAAAAUAUCUUUUACAUUUUAAUUAAACACUAAGACAAGGAAAUAACUAUACCUGUCAAUAAGUUCGUGUGAAAAUAUCUGUGAUAUCAUUCUAAAUAUGUGUAAGUUAACGUUGAAUGCUGCGUUAUGCAUUUCCUGUGUGGCGUUUCUCGCGGCAACAACUGGAUCUAAUGUAUACGGGCAAAUUGCGGAGACGGGCGUUGAAACUAAACAAGAAAUAAUUUGCGAAAGUAUUGACAUCAGGAAUUACGUGAAAAAUUUCAAGAAGAAGCUGGCAAAUUGUACAGUAAUUGAAGGAUUUCUUAAGAUUGUUCUGAUUGAGAAACCAAAGCAUGGACAAUACGAUCUACUUAGUUUUCCUGACCUUGUAGAAGUGACUCACUAUGUGCUGCUCUACCGAGUGUACGGACUACGCAGUUUGAGCCAGAUCUUCCCCAAUCUAGCGGUCAUACGAGGACAAGAUCUGUUCUACUUCUACUCACUGGUCAUCUAUGAAACUAUUGAUAUGGAGGACAUUGGAUUAAUUGGCUUGACCACCAUAGAACGAGGGGCAGUUCGGUUAGAGCUGAAUCCGAACUUGUGCUAUAUCGAUACCAUCGAUUGGACGAAAAUUGUUCCUUCCAUGCAACUAUCAGAUCAUUACUUCAAGGGAAAUAAGAAGAUUACGGAAUGUGUGAAUGUACCCCCGGAUAACUGUCCUGUGACCACUGUUGAUGGGAAACGUGAACCCCGUAGCUGGAAUUUACAUCACUGUCAAAAACUGCUAGACUGUCCCAGUGGAAGUAACUGCCCCAGUGGGACAUGCUUUGAAGGUAGAUGCUGUGACCCGAAAUGUUUGGGAGGAUGUUAUGGACCCAAGCCAUCACAGUGCAUUGCUUGCAGGAAUGUAAUUGACAGCACCCAAGGGUAUCCCCACUGUAUCGACCACUGCUCCCCAGGCACCUACAAGAUCCACAAUCGGCGCUGCCUCUUAGAUAAGGAGUGCAUGAGCAUGAGCAUGUAUUUGGUCCCAUUUACAAACACCACGGAGGCUGAAUGUGCCCCCUACUGUCCGGCUGGGAUGACUGUUAAUAACGUGUCCAAGUGUGAAAAGUGUCCGGGAAGGUGUCCAAAAGUUUGCCCACCCAUGAGAGUUGACAGUGUAGACGCCGCCCAGCAACUCAAAGGCUGUACCUACAUCAAGGGAGCUUUGGAAAUCCGCAUCAGUUCCGGCAGUAACAUUGCUGUUGAGCUUGAGGAGAGCCUGGGACAGAUUGAGGAAGUGAUGACCUACGUGUGGAUUCAUGCCUCCAACGCACUCCUGUCUCUCAACUUCUUCAGGAGCCUAAGGAGGAUCCGGGGCAUGACUCUCUACAAUGCCAAAUAUGCUCUGAUGGUGAACGACAACAGUAAUCUAGAAAACCUGUUUCCUGAAAAAACGAAAAAUAACCUGGAGAUUCUCAACGGCAGCAUGUUCUUCCAUUUCAAUCGUAAACUCUGCUACAACAAGAUUAUGGACCUCCUUAGCUCUGUGAAAAUGAAUUCAACAGCGGAAAAUGACAUCUCUAAAACGAACAACGGCGAUCAGAUGCCAUGUGUCUAUGAAAUACUCAACUUGACCAUAUUUCAAGUUGGACCCCGAGUGGCUUUCUUUAGGUGGGAAAACUUCAAAAUUGCCGACCAGCGAAACCUGCUCAGCUAUGUAAUUCACUACAAGGAAGCUCCUGUCCAGAAUGUUUCUACUUACGAUGGACGCCACGCCUGCAGUGAGGAUUUCUGGAAUACCAAGGAUGUCCUCCGCACCAAAGGUAUGAAUGAGACGUACCUUUACGAGAUUCUGUUAAAGCUGAAACCUUGGACACAGUAUGCCAUCUAUAUAGAAACCUACACCACUGCCCUCGCCAAGGUUGGCGCCAUUAGCAAGGUCAAAUACUUCAGAACAGCCGCUACAGCACCUACUAUUCCUCAAAAUCUACAAGUCAAAGCUAUCAAAUCAAACCAACUCUACCUGACUUGGAAUCCACCAGAAUCCCCUAACGGCAAUGUCACACAUUAUGAAGUUUACUGGCGUAAAGGCGAGCUAGAUCCCAAUAAAUAUGAUGUCAGAAACUACUGUGUUUCACCGGUACAACGUGCUGACCAGAAAGAGCAGAAAGAUAUUGAAAAAAACAAAAUUGAAGAUGAAAAGAAGAAGUAUCAGAAAAGUCCGGAUUGUUGUGAGUGUGCCAGUACAAGUCUCCAGAAGAAGGAAGAAGAACAGAGAGAAAGAGAAAUGCAGAUCAACUUUCAGAAUUUCUUACAAACUGCUAUAUACAUCAAGAGGGAAAUGCGAGGAAACUCUGACCGUAAACAAAAUAUUGAAACAUACCACCAGAUGAAUGGGAAAAAAAAUGGCAAUACCACCAAAACAUCUCGAGCGCGACGCUCACCAUUAUUUUUAGACACGUCAGUAGCCAAUGAGUCGUUAGGAAAUGAGACGGAGUACAACACUACAGAAGUGGGCGAGCCGGACUCGGCAGACAUUCCUGGUGAAGCAUCCAAUCCUUACUAUAGAGCAGUGGUGUACAAGAGAGAAUUCAUCAUCCCAAAUCUGAUGCACUACCGAGACUACAACAUUGAGGUGAUAGCAUGUCAGGAGCGAGACCCGCGGGACUCCAGGGGCAAAAACAGGUCAAAGGAAGAAGCAAAGCUGUGUAGUAGUAGGGCCUUAGCCCUUCAGCGAACUAAGACCUCCAGAGUGGCCGACAAUAUCAACACUUCCUCGAUCACUGUAAGUGUGAUGAAGAACAAAACAGGGGAGGUUAUUCUGAAAUGGGCACCCCCUCCCAAUCCUAACGGGAUCAUCAUUACAUACGAAAUCAAGUACAGCGACUCAAGCAUCAACAAUGUUCAACCUGUCACAGUAUGUAUAUCCCAGAAGAUGUACAAAUCUCUCGGGGGCCACAAGCUUGACCAUUUGGGAGCAGGCAACUACACGUUUAGGAUACGGGCUAACUCACUGGCUGGCAACGGGUCGUGGACUGAAGGCCGAUACUUUGUCAUAGAUUCCAACAAAGGAGAAGUGAUGGCCCAGGAGAUGAUCGUCGUGGUGUGUGUUGUGGUCGGUAUCCUUGUCGUGGUCAUUACUGGAAUCAUCGUUUGGUGUAUGGCUCGCAGGCGGUUCCGUGAAUACCCAGACAUCCAGAACAUAUCUGCCAAUCCAGAAUACAUGUCAAAUUAUGAUGCUUACAUAGCGGACGACUGGGAAGUGGAUCGGGACAAGGUCAAGCUCAUCCGUGAACUUGGUCAAGGGUCCUUUGGGAUGGUGUACGAGGGCCUUGCCAGUACUCUGAAGGAAGUGGACGGGGAGACGAAAGUGGCAGUAAAGACUGUGAACUCUAGUGCUACAUUUACUGAGCGAAUGAGUUUCUUAAAUGAAGCUUCCAUUAUGAAGACAUUUGUCUGCUCCCAUGUGGUACGUCUGCUCGGAGUUGUGUCUGCGGGGGUGGCUCAGGGAAAGCCAGCCUAUGUCAUCAUGGAACUUAUGAGCAACGGAGAUUUGAAAAACUUUCUUCGCAUGCAUCGGCCAGAUGAGGAGGAUAAUGCAGGUCGUUCCCCUCCGACUCUACACCGUAUCAUGCAGAUGGCGGGAGAAAUCGCUGAUGGAAUGGCUUAUCUCGCCGACAAAAAAUUUGUUCAUCGUGAUCUGGCUGCCAGAAAUUGUAUGGUGUCUGACAAUUUAACAGUAAAGAUUGGAGAUUUUGGAAUGACCAGAGACAUUUAUGAGACAGAUUAUUAUAGAAAAGGUGGGAAAGGGCUUUUACCUGUUAGGUGGAUGGCCCCGGAGUCAUUGAAGGAUGGUAUAUUUACCAGUAUGUCGGAUGUAUGGUCUUAUGGUGUGGUUAUAUGGGAAAUGACCACACUUGCUGCACAGCCAUAUCAAGGCCUCUCCAAUGAGGAGGUCCUCAAAUAUGUCAUCAAUGCAAAAACCAUGGACACACCGGAAGGCUGUCCAGAGAUUCUAUAUGAAAUGAUGUUACAAUGCUGGAAAUACCGACCGAAAUCACGGCCAACAUUCAAGGAAAUUAUAGAAAUACUAAUACCUGAACUUGAUCCACAAUUCAAGGAGUCUUCGUAUUUCUUUAACGAGGGGAAAGUGGAGAGUGCUGAUUAUGAUGAGGAGUAUGGAGAUGAUAUUGGGCAGGACGAUUCUCAUAUGCCCUUCAUUUCGGGUGAGGGAUCAAGAGGGAGUGGGGCGUGUUUAAAGCAUGAGGAUGACAUAGACUUUGUUGAUACGGACUACCGAUAUUCAAGUUACCCACAUAACCAUGUGGGGGCCUCCGAGCCAUGUGACUGUAUACUAUUACAAGAGACCAAGGGGGGAGGGAUAGGUGGGGUGCACAAUGACAACAACCACCAGUUCAAUGCGGGCUCCAACAGUGCAAUAGACUCGUCCAAUGACGGAAGCAAGGAGAGCAGCAAGAGCUCAAAUCAUAGUUAUAAUCCCAUUAACGGCAUCAACAUCCCGCCUAAUAUAGCCAAUGGACAUGUGCCUGUACACAUGCGGACAACCACAUCGUGCUAGUUCAGUGAGGAUUAUCGUGGGUCCAUUUUUACUCGUAGAAUACAUCAUCAUGCAGAACAACCUUCUCAAUAGUUACACAUGCAAACCUAAUUACACAAAACAACAUGCUGAUCAUCUUCCAACCAAAAAAUCUUCACAAAAAUUCAAAUGACAAACCACAUACAUAAUCAACUCAACAGAGGAUAUUGCAUACAUGUGGAACAAAACAUGUUAUCAUAUUCGGGAAAAUUGUACAUACAACACCUGGAAUCUUCUUUGAUGUUGUAUAUAAAGGAUCUCGUGGUUUUGCGAGAGUCCCAACCCUAAUACCUUCGCUGUGUGUUAUGUGUCGACUGAUCUCUGCCGCCAUUCAAGUCCAAAGGGAAAUCUUUAAGUGUCUGUGCAUGUUAGUUGGUGACCGUGUGAUCUUAUUGUUGUUGGAUGUGAAAGCUCCACCCGCCUACCCUGCCAUCCCCAACACAUUUGUUACUAAAUUUUCACUGGAGAGUGAAUUCAAGAGAGAUAACCUUGUCAUUCAUAGUUUUCACUAUUAAUAUUAGGAAAUAAUGAUAUAACAUUUUUAUGUACAUGGUACCUCCUGUUUUACAAGUUUUAGUUUGAACAUCAAAAUCAUGAUUUGGUUUUUUAAAGCACACAUGUUUUACCUAUGUUUUAUGAAUUAUUUUUUUUGCAUAUGUGGUCACAUUGUACGUAAGAAUAUAGUACAUAUUAUAAAAUAUAAAUGUUUGUGACAACUUUACAGCAAAGAAAAGAAGCUGAGGAAUAGUUGGAUUGUUGCCAGACCUCUAAUCACAUGGGAGCUUGCCACUUAGUAUACUGCAACAAAGCCUAUCUUGCACCAUCUGUCCUGAUUUGUACUAUUAAAACCUAAUGUUACAGGUACCACUUGUUUAGUUUUUAAAGAUACAGUUCUUUUUAUCCAGCCUUCAAUUUGAUAAAAUGUUGAGAAAAGAUAUGUGUUAAUUGAAGAAAGGAAUGAAUUUUGAAAAUACUGUUAGAUAAUGCAAUAUGACAUGAAAGUACAUGUGCUUUAUUACAAUUACAGGUUUGAUUUAAGAAAAUGUUUUGUAGAAUCUCAUUAGGUUUUGUUUGUGGAUAUUUUGGUUAAUAUUUACUGAUAUCAUUAACUCGGUAUGAAAUUCAGGUUCUCUUUUGAUUUUUGAUUAGUUUAAAUAUCUGUAUGAUUAUAGAAUAAAAAUAACAAUUUUCCAAUAAGAAAUGUCACACUUUUCAUUUUAGCAUAAUUUAUUUUAGGUUUAUAUAUUUUUUUUAAAGAAAUUGCUGUAGGGUGUUUUUUCGGUCAUGACUUGAAUAUUUUAGAUUGUAGAUAAAUGCUCUCAGAAUUGUCUGCCCUGGAUAUUUACUUCUCCCUACUGGUUUAUAUUUUCUCUCAGGAAGCUGCUAAAUACAGGUAUGAUAAUAUUUAUAUCACCAUCUACGGGCAUAUUGAUACGGGCAAAAACGUUUUUGAAAGCUCUAAAAUAUUUUGCUGAAUAGCAUAGGUCAAGAUUUUAUCCGUUCUUGACUGUUUUAAAAUUUUAUCUGUUGAAACUUGUGAAUUUACCUGUCAGUGUCUCAGGGUGGCAAAUAUAUUUUAGAGAUUAAAGUUAUUAAAAACUGUUUUUAGCCGAAGCAAAUCGGUGUGAUUUGCCAAAGAUAGUUGUGCAAUCAAGUCAUAGAGUACAUUUAAACUUCUGUUCUCAAUUAUGUACAUCAUCAAAUAACCAGAUAAGAUAGGACGCAAGUUAGAUACAGUUUUCAAGAGGAUAUAAAACUUACUACCAGUAUUUUAUCAUAAAACUUCCAAUGCUUUUCGAGACAUUUCACAAUACUGAAUAAAUUAAAUGACAAUAAUAAUCAAAAUAUAAACGGCCUUCUCAAUGAAUGAACACAGUUCCGGUAUUCUAAUUUUUAUCAUGCUGAAAGUAAAAAAAAAAAAGUAGGGGAAAUCAUUCUGAAAAAUCGAUAUUCUUUAAGUGUUAUUGAUGUGCAUUAUUUGACAGAACUGUAAAAGUACCUGUGUCAUAUAAAACCUUGUCAUAUUUGUAUAAAAUCUUAUAUUACUGUUUUACUUAUUAAUUAUCUAAAGCUUUUCUAACCAUUUGACUAUAUAAAGCUUGUCUUACUGUUUGCCUAUAAAAGCUUGUUUUACUGUAAAAAGCUUGGCUUACUGUUAGUAAAAAAGCUCAUCUUACUGUAAAAAGCUUGUCUUACUGUUUGUAAAAAGGCUUGUCUUCCUGUUUGACUAUAAAAGCUUGUAAUGUUUGACUGAAAAAGCUCAUCUUACCAUAAAAAGCUUGUCUUACUGUUUCUAUAAAAAGCUUAUUUUCUGUAAAAAGCUUGUCUUACUGUUGGUAAAAAAGCUUGUUUUACUGCAAAAAUGCUUACCUUACUCUUCGUAUAAAAGGCUUGUCUUACUGUUCAAUUUUUAAAGCUUGUUUUACUGUAAAAAGCUUCCCUUACUGUUCAUAUAAAAAGCUUGUCUUACUGUUUGACUUUAAAAGCUUGUUUUACUGUAAAAAGCUUAUCUUCCUGUUCGUAUAAAAAGCUCAUCUCACAGUAAAAAGCUUGUCUUACUGUUUGUGUAAAAAGCUCACUCUACUGUGAAAGGCUUGUCUGACUGUUUUUAUGGAAGCUGAUCUUACUGUUUGACUAUAAAGCUUGUAUUACUGUAAAACGCUUUGAUAGCUGUUUCUAUAAAAAGCUUGUUUUAGUGUUUGACUGUAUAAAAGCUUGGCAUGCUAUUUUAAGAAACUUAAACCCUUUUGAAAACUAUUUGACUAAGAUCAAUGAUUUAAAUACAGGAGGAUAGUAACAUGUGAAAUGCAGUGUUUCCCUUUAUAGUAUAUAAACAAUUGUUGAUAUGAUAUUGUAGUAUGCUCAGCCUCCCUCAUGUGAACUUGGUACAUUCAUUAGUAGUCAAUAAGAGCUGUGUCUAUGUAUUGUUAUUUUCAUUACACAUUAGGUUGAAGUUUACAUCCCUAGAAAGGUGGUGUGUUUGUUUAAAUACUGUUUAUAUCACUUAUUUUAAUGGUUACCAUAUUGUAGCAUUUUCCCACUAAUUUGAGAGCACCAAAUUAAGAUAUUAACUGCUGAAUAUAUAAUAACUGGAGUCUUGCAUAUUAUAAGUAACAUGAGGGCUAUAUUAGGAUGUGUUAAACUCGUAUGAGGACGUAUGAGUGUCGAGGACAUUUAUAGUAUAGAGUACAUGGUUUCAGAAUUGGUUUAUCGGGUGGAAUAUUAAUGAUGUACUCACCAGGAGUAGUUAAUUAAGUAUCAGUCAUGUGUAUGUAGGAUGCUUGAUAAAAAAAAUAGGAAAAGGGCAUAUUGGCUUACUUAUAAGGUUUUAUUUAGCAAUUUUUAGCUCUUUCAAUGCCACUUUUCAGACAACAUGUGUAAAAAGAAGAAAAAAACUCUCUGGUCUGUAAAGUAAAAUAUAGUAUCAAUAAAAAAGUUGAAUGUUUCCCCGCUUUCAUGCUGAAAAGAAAAUCAAGUACAGAAUCUUUGUUAUUGAAUGCUUGAAAUAUCUGAUUCAGCUCCAGGACAUCGGGUUACAUGAUUAUAACUCGUUAGUCCUAAUAUCUGAUUAAGCUCCAGGACAUCAGGUUACAUAUUUAUAACUAGUUAGUCCUAAUAUCUGAUUCAGUUCCCGGACAUCAGGUUACAUUAUUAUAACUCGUUAGUUCUAAUAUCUGAUUCAGCUCCGGGACAUCAGGUUACAUUAUUAUAACUAGUUAGUCCUAAUAUCUGAUUCAGGUCCAGGACAUCGGGUUACAUUAUUAUAACUAGUUAGUCCUAAUAUCUGAUUCAGCUUCAGGACAUCAGGUUACAUUAUUAUACCUCGUUAGUCCUAAUAUCUGAUUCACCUCCAGGACAUUGGGUUACAUUAUUAUAACUCGUUAGUCCUAAUAUCUGAUUCAGCUCCGGGACAUCAGGUUACAUUAUUAUAACUAGUUAGUCCUAAUAUCUGAUUCAGCUCCAGGACAUUGGGUUACAUUAUUAUAACUCGUUAGUCCUAAUAUCUGAUUCAGCUCCAGGACAUCAGGUUACAUAUUUAUAACUAGUUAGUCCUAAUAUCUGAUUCAGCUCCAGGACAUCGGGUUACAUUAUUAUAACUCGUUAGUCCUAAUAGCCAGACAGCAAUGUCCAGCCAAUGACAAUGACUUACAAAUUAACAAUCAAUCUGCACCGAUGACCAAUGCAAUGCACCUUUUAAUAAAAAAAAAAAUGGAUUAAAUUUUUGUAGUACAUACUUAACCAAUGUGUAAGCCAAAAUAUCUGAUAAUCUUGUUUGUAGCAGAAACAUAAAUUGAGAUAGACACAUUUUUGAUAUAAAAAAAAAUGACAAUAAAUGAUCUUCCUUCCUCGAUAAAAAUUAAACUUGAUUGCACAAAGCAAUGCAAAUCAUCUUUUCAUGACUCAUAAUUCAAUAUUGUAGUUAUCACACGGUGUAUGUUCCAUCUACUGACUGCAGGUUGGUGAUAUUCAUUGUCAUUUAGCCUUCACCAAGACUACAUUAUUUAUGUGUGGGAGAUGUCCAGUAGUUGAUGAGAUUAUUGUAUGAUAGGGUUGGUGAGGGUGCUUUUUCAGUUACAUAUAUAGAUAACAGAAAUGCAAUUGAUUGGACAGAUGGAAUUAUCAAACAAUAUUUAUUGCUUGUGAUGAAUUAAAUGACCGGUAGAUUCAAAUUACAAAUGAUGUCAACACUUUCAUUGGUUUCUUCUAUCACUUUAAGAUAAUGACACAUUGACAUCUUGAAUUAAACUGAACACCAAAAUGUUAAAACCUACACUCUGACAAACUAAAUAAAAAAAAAAGGUGUAAGGGAGAUAAUUUGAUAUAUGUAUGAUGCUGGUUCAAAUUUUCUGUCUUUAAUUAUCUGUUUAACUCUGAGCUUCACAUUCCCUGUUGAAGGUGUGGAUGGUUUGUGAUGUAUCCAGUUCGAAGAAAACAUUGUGGCAUGAAUGAUGUGUGUUUGGAAAAGACCGAUUCGAGGAACUUCCUGACUUUAAAAUUGCAUAAAACAGGUUCCGUUUCAUAGGUAAAAAUUUGUCGGACCAAUUUUUGCAGAAAUCAAGACGGAAAAUAUCCACAUUAAAAUAGAAAAUAAUGAAAUAUGAUAAAAAUCAUGUUAAAAAAAUAUGUUGAAAUUCAUUCAAAAUAUGUAGGUUUCAAAAUAAUAUAUAUGUACAAAUUUAAUCUACUACCUGAUCAGAAAACUACCUCAGAUGGAUCUGAUAUCAAAUGACUGAAAUCUUGACUUACUAUGGGCAUAAACAAAUCUUUAUUUAAAAUAAUAUAAAUAAGCAAUAUUAAUUAAUAUUAAUUAUUUAAUAUUAUGAAAAUAUA